UAAAAAAAUAUAUAUUUAAAUGACGACCUCAGAAAUGGAUAGUCUUGAAUGUUCUCUUGCAUCCCACAACGUUUUGGAAGAGCGGGUUAAAUACUCCUCAAGUCAUGACUGCAUUACUAUUUAACUAUUCCUGUAGGAAAUGUUGCUGUCAUGUCCUCAAUUGUAUAUAAAAUUACUAAAAUUAACGUUUCGUAGUGCAUUAGCCUAUCUUUACUCAAGCACGAGAAACGAGCCGCGGUUAAAAAGUGUGAGAAGUUUGGACUAAGUGAUGAUCCUACCUGAACGAACUCUCGGGUUUCAUUCAAGACACACCAUGCGUCAGCAACAGCUGUCCUGCAGCGUGGACGAUCUCUGAGAAGGAGGAAAGGUUAUCAGCGAAGGCUUGAAAGAAGACUUACCACCGGGUUACUUGGCUUUUGUGGGAAUACAUUUUUUGUUGUUGUUGUUGACAGGACAAGAAUGCCAAGAUGGUCGCCCUGCUCCCUCCCACAGGCACCGAAGUGUUUCGCCGCUUCACCCUUGAGUCGCUGGCGGAGAUCGAGAGGCGGAUGGCCGAGGAAGCAGAGGAGCAGGAGAGAAAAAAGGCCCUGAACAUUGAGGUGGCAGAGGAGGACCUGCCAAAGCCAGCCGUCGACCUGGAGGCCGGAAAGGCCCUGCCAUUCAUCUACGGAGACCCGCCACCUGAGCUGUUCAACACGCCUCUGGAGGAACUGGAUCCUUUCUACAAAUCACACAAAACCUUUAUCGUCAUCACCAAAGGGAAUACAAUCUUCAGGUUCAAUGCUGAGCCUGCCUGCUAUAUUCUAACACCCUUCAGUAUUCUCAGGAGAGGAUCCAUCAAAAUUCUCAUACAUUCAUAUCCUUUCAAUAUAAAUAUCUCACUGAUCUACAUUAUACAUAAAUAUAACUUAGGAUCUUGCUUAAUGUUCAGAGUCCAAGAAAUGUGCUACUGUGUGUGUGCGUGUGUGCGUGUGUGCAUGUGUGCAAAGGCGUGAUGGGACUAUAGUCAUUUGGGCAUUUUAUCUUGUUUUUCUUGGGCAAGGGGACGAUGGAAUUCUCUUUGAAGCAGGUGGGGACUACAGCCUGGGACAGGGACAGAUUAAAGAUGUCAGAUAAGACACCCGUCAACUGGUCAGCACACACUCCCAGGAAUGCCAUCUGGGCCAGAAUAUUCACUCUUUUGAGAGUUUUCCUCACGUCAGCCUCGGAGAGCAAAAGCACCUGGUCGUUCGGAGCAGCUAGACUCUUCCUGGAAGGCUCGGUAUUGUCUGUCUCAAAGCAAGCAUAGAAUGUGUUAAUCUCAUCUGGGAGGAAGGCUUCGGGGGGCACCACACUGCUGGAUUUGCCUUUGUAGUCCGUGAUAGUCUAGUCCUUGUCACAUGUGAGUUGUCAAGCAUCAAUUCCAUUUUGAUUCUGUAUUGUCUAUUUGCUUCCCUAAUGGAUUUGUGGAGCUCUUAUCUUCUUGCCUUGUACGUGUCGCAAGCCACCAAGUCAUCUGGGUUUGUUUUGCUGACAUUGAAUUCUGCAGUAUGGACACUCAGCAUGGUACAGAUAUCUCUGUUCAUCUGGGGUUUUUGGUUUGGGUAUGUCCGGAUUGUUACUGUGGGUACAACAUCAUCAACACAUUUCCAAAUGAAGCCUGUGACUGACGAUGUACA